CAACAGAUGGCGAUAUUUUUUUUUUUCGCGAAUUUUUUUUGUGUAUAUGAAGAGGAAAAAAGAGUUUUAAUGUGAACAAAUUGCAUAAUGUCGGGAAUCAGCGAUAAAAACUUGAGCGUUGAGAUUGAGUUGCUGAAAAGGGCACUGGCUAAAAAGGAAGAGGAAAAUCUUAUGUUUUUUGACAGAAAAAUAGAACUAGAAGAGUCGUUAGUUGCAUGGCAAGAAAAGUUUCAACGACUUUAUGAAUCACACAAAAAAGUCCAAAGCGUCAAUCAAAAUUUGGAAGAAAAAUUAUUAAAGCUAGUUGACAAAAAUGCUAGUGACAGAGCAAAGUCAACACGCAAUAGUGCAAACAUGAAUAUCCGCAUGAAUCAGGCAAACUUUACGAUUUUGCACUUGCAGAGGGAAAUUGAACGCUAUAAGAGGGAUAUCGCUUUAGCUAUUCACUUACUGAGAUGUAAUCCAAAAGGAUUCAUGUCGCCUAGCAUUAAAUCAUUCCCGGCAGAUUUACAAACAAAAAUCUCAAAAUAUGUCAAAGUCAAUCCACCUUUAGACACAGAAGAAUCAUCAUCAACAGUAUUUAAAGGAAAGUAUCAAAGCAUUCCAACUAAUGAGUACAUGUCCUCAAAUGACUUUGAAUCACCUGAUAAAGAAUUCAACGUAUCUCCGAUAGCUAUCAGUAAAUUUCUAGAAGACGAAAUCAGCGAAGUGAAGCAUUGUGAGACUUGUUGUUGUGCAUCAGUGUCUCGUAAAAAUAUUGGCAUGUCGCAGAAAAGUAAUAAAUAUGAUUAUGUGCAAUUUGAUAGAAAGUUAAGUUCACCGUCAAGCUUUAAUUCGCAAGUCAUUGAUCCGCAGAAGCAAAAAAAUGCAAUUUUAAAUAAUCAAAAUUUCGUUCAUCAUAAGAUGUGUGAACGUGUGGCUGGAAAUUGCCAAAAUAAUACUAAUAAUAAUGAUAUGUCAGCUCAAAAGAAGAAUGUCCCGAAUGAAUGUAGGAGAGAAGUAGUCGUGAAGAAGCAGAGCAUUGAAAAUGCGGCAAAAGAUAACAAAUCGGAUAAUAAAGUACCGAAAAAGAGUAAUGCUCGUGCUGAAAAUGGCACAAAAACAUUCGAAGACUACAAUAAAAAUUUACUCGAGUACAUUAAGAAUAAGAACAUAAAGAAAAAUGGACCUCGCAUAUGUGCAUUACGAAUUCAAGACGAUGGAAUUUGCAUAGACAGUACACAUAAUGAAAUAUUUAUGAGAAAGAAGUCGUUAAUCGACUUUGAUGCAUUCGAUAAGUAUGAGAGUAUUUCACCUCUGAUUAUCUCAUCCAUCGCAUCAACUAUCGAUGAGCAUGUCGACGAUGAAAUAUUUUCAGUCAAUAAGACAGAUUCGGAGAAAUUUAAUGAGAUUAAAAGUCUAUCGAAUGCUCAUGGAUAUUCAACAAGUGAACCGAAUUUCGAGCAGAAUCAAUCGCCAAAUGAAAAUGCAGUCAUGAAGCAUCAGAGAAUAACUGAGUGGAUAAAUAGCAGCAUUAAUGCUCCUAUCCAGUCAGACAAUAUGAAUGCAUUAGAAUCUAGUUCUGAUUUCAAUGACAAUCAUAAGUCAAAUGAUAGCAAUAUGAGCUCACAUUCCGAGACAAGUCCUGAAUUAUAUACUAAGGAAGGCAUGAAUAUUCAUCAAAUGGAAUAUAAUGUUAAGCAAUUCCUGCUUAAACAAAAUGAAUGGUCGGUAUAUCGUGAUCUCAGUUUUAAUGAAAUGUGUGAUCUUAAAAUUUUACCGAUUCGAACGGAAACUAAUUUGUAAUCUCCUUAAUUCCUUUUUGCUUAUGGAUUAAAUAUAUGUAUUCCUUGUACGUUGCAUUGAUGUGGCCAAAUGAAACAUAUCUAAUCAUACUAUCACAAACGGCCUGUUUCACUAAGGUGAAUUAUCCUCAUUUAAGGAUGCAAGGCAUUUCUUCGAUGCAAGGAAAAUCCAAAUAAUUUCUUUCUGAUGUAGAAUUAAUUGGUAAAUAAUAAUCAAGCUAGUUUGAGAAAAAUCAUUUUUCUUGUAUAGUGAAUAUCGCGAAAAAAUAAUUUUAGUAUAUGGAUUAUCCUUAGAUUAUCCUUGGAUAAUCCUGAAGAUUAUCCGAAUUUUCAAUCUUGGUGGGACCCAGUUUUAACAUUUUAGAUUAAUUAUGUGGAUAAUCCUAGGAUAAUCUCAGGAUAAUCUUUUUUUUGUGAAAUCC